GAACACAUUGAUCUUGGAAUCAAGUACGAUCCUUCUACUGGUAUCUAUAGAAUGGACUUCUAUGUUGUUCUUGAACGCCCGGGGUACCGUGUUGCCCGUCGACGUAGGUGCAAGGCUCGCGUUGGGAUUCAACAUAGAGUGGUUCCAAAUCUGUUUCGAGGUCAUACAUUUACAAUUCUGGAUGAUAAGGUUGGUUUAG